AGGGGCGCGUGACACCGAUAAACCCUAAAAUUAAUGUCUGCUUUGAAAACCUGCAAUGACACCCAAAGUUAGUUGUCAGUAUCGAUUUCGUAUUACAUAUACUCCAGAACAUACGUUGUCCUAAUUAAAAAAAAAUUCCGUGCAUUUUCAUUGUAAAAUAUACUUUACUUCUUUAGUCUACUAAAGAAUCAAUUUAGCUUGUUUGAUAAAUUUUUUAUCAAUUAAGAAAAGUUUAAUUCUGAAAAUAUUCUGAAUUCCAAGUGAAAAGACUUAAGUGAAUGUGUUAUGCAGGUUCGGUGUAGCUCUGUUACAAUGAAUCAUGUUCCCCUAAAUGUUUUGUUUCUGUUACUGUGAAAGGUGUGGAAGGCUUUGCUACAAGAAAUGCCUCUGACCACAUUGCUGAGAAACCUAGGAAAGAUGACUGCGAACUCGGUGCUUGGACCAGGCAGCUCAGAAGUAUCACUAGUGUGUGAAAAACUGUGCGAUGAACAGCUUCUACAGAAGGCUUGUAUACAUCCACUUCAUGUUUUAAUUGCUCUAGAAACUUACAAAACAGGUCACGCUCUCAGAGGAAAGCUGAAGUGGCACCCUGAUGAAGAAAUCUUGAAAGCUUUGGACACUGCUUUUUAUAAAACAUUCAAGACGGUCGAGCCGACUGGGAAGCGUUUGCUGCUUGCUGUGGAUGUUAGUGCUUCUAUGAACCAAAGAGUGCUGGGGAGCACGCUCAGCGCAAGCACAGUGGCUGCAGCAAUGUGCAUGGUUGCCGCCCGCACAGAGCCAGAUCCCUGUGUGGUUGCGUUUUCCCACGGAAUGCAGCCCUGUGCGGUGACUGCAGACAUGACCCUGCCUCAGGUUGUUUCAGCUCUGAAUCAGAUCCCCGCAGGAGGGACGGACUGCGCCCUCCCGAUGCUCUGGGCGCAGAGGACGGGCACGGCCGCUGAUGUCUUCGUCGUCUUCACGGGCAGCGAGGCCUGCGCUGGCGGCGUCCGUCCCGCUGUGGCUCUGAGGGACUAUCGCCAGAAAAUGGAUAUUCCAGCUAAAUUGAUAGUUUGUGGAAUGACAUCCAAUGGUUUCACCGUUGCAGACCCAGAUGACAGGGGCAUGUUGGAUAUGUGUGGCUUUGAUGCUGCAGCUCUGGAUGUGAUGCGAAAUUUCACCUUGGGUGUGAUUUAGUCACGAGCACCAGCAUGAUCUGAGAGCCCCACGCCGAGCAGUGAGCUCACCAAAAAUACGCAGUGACUUCCCGCCGAGUCCCAGUUCCAUUACACGUGGUGGUGUGGUGUGUGCAUAGAGACGCUUACCUCACCAGCUGCAGGCAAAGCAAGAUUAGCCCAAUGUUCAUCUACUACACUCGGUCCUGGGAAACAGCCAGGACACUGUAGCUCCUCCCGCCGUGAACUCCCUGUCCAUAGACCGUGCAAAAGUCAAACUCUGCUAUUUUGGUGAGUUCGUUUGUAUUUUUAAAACAAAGCGAUGACCCCAAUGCACAUCACGUCACUUGUUUGGAGAAAUGCUUAGCGUUUUCUUAAACAUUAUCCCUGGGAAAGCGCAGCCUUGAUCAUGUUCAAACCCUCGGAGAUGCACCAGACCACGUAACUGUGAUGGAAGUCGGCUCACCUGGGAGCUUCUGCACUGUGCGUGCAACGGUGGCAGCUGCGCUGCAUUUGAUUAGGUUGGCAAUAAGUUUUACAGGUUCCUUUCACAUUAGUUUUGUUAUUCAAUGAAAAGGAUGUUGUAGUUUGGAUAUUUUGUUUGUACUUGUAGAGUCUGUUACAAUUAACCAGGAAUAUUGAAACUCCUGAAACACUAAAGCUUAUAUUGGCUGAGGAAUUUUAUUUGGUUUGCUUUUUGUUUUGUUUUACUAUAUUUUAUUUUGUAUGAGGAUUGUAACUGUUUUCUGAUUUGAGCUAGUAACAUGUAGUCACUUUUCUAUAUUCCAUGAGUGAAAACAACAUUUCAAGUUCCCCGUUCUUGAUGCUGAAAGGUAGAGUCUCCAUUUAACCUUAGUUUUGUCCUUCCUCUUAUAAAUUGCUUUCCUGUUAAUUAUUUCUUUAGUCAUUUAAAUGUGGAUUUUGAUGUUUUCCAAUUGUAAACUUCUCAGCAGCUGCUUAUUUCCAUGACUCAUUUUGUGACAAAACAUUCUUUUUUGAUAAAGAAAUUGUGUAGAAAACUAGGCGAGAUUUGAAAGGCAGUAUUUCAGGGCCCUGCUAGCAGCUCGUCUGUGCCUGUGUGCGUCACACACGCUGUUCUUUACACUAACUGCAUUAUUUUCUUAAACAAGUAGCCUUUCACUGGCAGACACAUUUAGGCUGUCUAUUGAAAUGUUCAUCUCUUUCCUCAUAACUUUAUCAGUUGCCUAAAAUAGCUCACAUAUGAAAUUGCAGUUUUUCAUUCUUGAAAUAUUAAUUGAAGGUAUAAAUCAAACUCGGGUAAAUAAGUUAUAGUCUGUUAUGUGAUUCAGCUUAAGCUUUUAUGUGUUUGGGGAAAGGGAAGUGAGUAGAAUGAGAAUUUAUGAGUAUAUUCUGUUUCAUGGGUAACUGGGAAACAGGAAUUAAGAAUAUUCUUUUCAGUGUACUAGACAUAUUAAUGAUGGCUUUGAUAUGUAACCAUUCCUUCAAGGCAAAAGCUGGUAACACUUUUUAAAUGUGAAUUGCCUCGAGAUAUCUUUGGUCCGCAGAGCCAGUGACAACUCCCUCCCUCUACAUAGACAGACACACAUAUACAUACACAGACAGGCUUUGCCAUUGAUUUUAUUCUGGUUCUAUCAGUCAUGGAGUUUCAUGUUAACUAUUUUUGAUACAUGAAAAUUCUGUUGAGACUAUAUAUUUUUUAAAAAUAAACAACAUAUAGUCUGGCACGGUAGCCUAGCAACUGAAGU